AAGCGUCGGCUUGAGAGAAGCGGCCCGUGUAGUUUGCUGGAAACUUCAGGUUUCUGAAUCAUUUUGAUUGCUGGCAUGAUGAUGGAUUCUCUGUAUGGGCCUGUUGCUCUGGGUAUACUGGCAGGUGUGGGCUGUGGGCUCUGCCUCGGAUGGCACCUCAGUGGGCGUUUUGGCAGAUCGUCCCGCAGCAUGAUGGCGGCUUUAGGAAACAGCGCCGGUGUUGGCAGCGAGGCCAGUGUGAUGGGCGAGAGCGGAGAGUUCAAAAUGAUCCUGGUGGUCCGAACUGAUCUGAAGAUGGGCAAAGGUAAAGCGGCGGCACAGUGCUCUCACGCUGCUGUGUCCGCCUACAAGCAGGUCCAGCGCAGGAACCCAGAGCUCCUGAAACAGUGGGAGUACUGCGGCCAGCCCAAAGUGGUGGUCAAGGCUCCAGACGAGGACUGUCUGCUGGAGCUGCUGACCCACGCCAAAGAGGUCGGACUUCCCGUCAGUUUAAUCCAAGAUGCUGGAAGAACCCAAAUUGCACCAGGGUCUCGGACAGUUCUUGGCGUGGGACCUGGUCCGGCUGAUCUUGUUGACAAAGUGACAGGACACUUGAAACUAUACUGAAUAACACUAUUCAAAUAAGAUGGGACAAAACUGGGGCAGUUUUGACCAAUUCUUAGACAUUAUAGUUUUUAUACGGUCAGAUUGAGUGGAGAACUUGAAUUAAAAGGGUUAAAAUGACACAUUGAUUUAUAGGUUUAACCAUUUAUUUUAAGUAAACAGUUUACCCAUUCCAUCAUUGAACAUACGAGUACAUUUGUUUUGUCAUAAGUUUAUGUACAGAAAAUUAGUUAUUUGGGAAUCUCAUUUUUAUCAUAUUAAUCACCCCCCUCAUACCCAAUGGAAUAAAGGACUUUUGUUUGUUAAACUUUGGUGCAAAAAUGACCUGUUCCUUUUUCAGUUGCACAAUGCUAAUAUGACCUGCGGGGAUUUGGAU